CAAUACUUUUUGCAAUAUAGUGUGUGUGUAUAUAUGUAUGUGUAUAUAUGUAUAUAUUGUGACAGAGUGGCGAUCUGUCACACUGGGAUUCUCAACAAGGCAGUUUGAGGGACUCCAGGGUACUUGUUUGAUGAAAAGGAAAGUGGCUUUUCACUUACCUCAUUUGUUUGUAAAGCACAUUUUGGGACCUGGAACCUGGAGAUUUCAAAGUGAUUUGGGAGGGAUGAAAACUCCAGUCAUGGUACCAGGUUUUGGGAAUGGCCAGGAGACUGAUUGGUCAGGUGUG